AUGGUACCUCUGUUCACGCUUCUGGCCUGGUCCGCCUUCACGUUGCCGGCCUCAUCUCUCAAACUCUGGAAGACUCCUGGAAGUAUUGCCACGACAGUACCUGCAAGAUGUCGAGCUGCUUUGAGUUCUGAGCUUGAGUGCGGGCCUCGACUGGUCCGUCCAGCUGAGCUUGAGACCCUCGGAUCUCUCACAGAGACUCUUUUGACUCAUUACUGCAAUUCGACUUGCGCCACUUCCAUGAAGGCCUGGGUCGAAAAUGUCGACAAAAACUGCGGCUCCAAGCACCAUGACUGGGGGUUCAACAUCUCAAGGUCUGGAAACGAUAUCGCGAAGCCAUUGUACUGGGCCCAUCAAGCCUCCUGUAUCACAGACAAGGAGGGCGGGGAAUUUUGCAUUCCCAAGAUUGCCAAUCGAACAGUGGAAAGGUGUAGUGAUUGUACACUCAAGUACCUAGCCUCCUUUGUCGGUAACGAUUACGCCCCCGAAGUCAUUGAAGAUGUCGGAUUCUCGAAACUUCUGACUUCUUGCUCGGCGGAUGCAACCAGGUAUCCGCAUUCAACAGCAACAGAAACAAUUCCUGAUCCCGUGUCGACGACAGAGCCGGUGAGGGAAUGCCGCGGCACUACCCACACUGUCAAGCCUGGCGACGACUGCGACUCGAUUGCGAACGCCUUUGGGAUCGCAAUAGACCGUUUCCAGACCGAGAAUGGCAUUGAUACAAAGUGCCAGUCUAUGAAACAAGGCGACCAGGUCUGCAUCGGAUUGAGUUGCGAUUUGCGUCAGGUUCAGUCGAACGAAACUUGCAAGGACUUCAUUCGUGAAUACAACUUCUCAUUGACAGAAUUUCUCUCCUGGAAUCCCAUUAUUCACUCUUCAUGCAAUAAUUUUGCAUCACUAAGGGGCAGAACCAUCUGUGUUGGCCCUCCUGGUGAAGGCAGCUACAAAGGCCCUCCUCGAGUCACAUGGGCGACCUCCAAAACCGUGCCGCCAGGCGUGUGGGAGCCGGCAUCAACGAUUGGAAGGGACGCGCCCAACAGAACAGACACGGAUUCCUUCAGAAUCCCAACCGUUACGAUCACAGGCAACCCUGCAGCGAUGACCAACUAUGAUAAGUAUGUUAAGUGGUGCCCGUUUGAUGAUGGGGCCUACGAGAAGGCUUUCGCCGUAGAGGAACUAGAUGAGGAGUGUCGGGAGAUUCUUGAGCCCUACUGUGAACCAGAAGCAGUCGGUGAGCCACUUCCAAGCCCAACAUUUCCCUCAAAAUGUCUUCCUUCGACGGCAUCGACUUCAACAUCUUAUCAAGUUGUCGCGGGAAAGAGUUCGCAGACGACGGGUAGAACGAGCAGCCCUACAAACUAUUAG